CAUUACAAGCUAUCAGAAGAAUCAUUUUGAAAACAUGUCAGAGAAAGGAGAAGUGGAUUUAACCGGUGCCAAGCAAAACACGGGAGUGUGGCUUGUAAAGGUGCCCAAAUACCUCUCUCAGCAAUGGGCAAAAGCGACUGGCAGAGGAGAGGUCGGGAAACUCCGAAUCUGCAAGAAAGGAAACCAAGGAAAACCAGAGGUGUCUUUCACUUUGAAUGAAGAGCUGACUGUGAUUGAGGGUAUAGAAGACAAGACGGUGUCUGCACCUCGUGAGCACCCAUUCACCAUGCAGUUAGUGGGAGGUCAGAUGUUGGCGGUCUUCACAGAAACUUCAUCAGGCCAGUCAGAAGAAAGAUCUGAUGGCAGCAGCUCAGGUUCGGGGGCGGGGGCAGGUCCAGAUAAAAUAGCGUUGGAAGGAGUGGUAGUGCAAAGAGCAGAGUGCAGACCUGCUGUUAAUGAAAGCUACAUGAGGCUGAAGAGGUUACAAAUUGAGGAGUUGUUGAAGCCAGUCCGGCUGUCACAGCAGCUGGAUAAAGCCGUCACCAGCAACUACAAACCUGUGGCCAACCAUACUUACAAUCUUGAGUAUGAGCGCAAAAAGAAGGAGGAGGGCAAGAGAGCAAGAGCAGACAAACAGCAAGUGUUGGACAUGUUGUUUUCUGCCUUUGAGAAGCACCAGUACUACAACAUCAAAGACCUGGUGGACAUCACCAAACAGCCUGUGAUCUACCUGAAAGAAAUCCUGCGCGACAUUGGCAUUUACAACGUAAAGGGAACACACAAGAAUACCUGGGAGCUCAAACCGGAAUACCGACAUUACCAUGGCGAGGAAAACACUGACGAAUAGUUUCUGACCUCCUCCACGGCCGACAAACAACCUUAUCAUUUGGUGAGGGGUCUCUCCCGGACCUAGCCUUGGUUGGAUGUUGGAGUGCUCUCCUGAUUUCCUGACAACAGGUCUCAAAACACAAUGGAUGAUGAGGUCAAGCAAAGGUAGCAUUUUACUGGGAGAAGUUUUUGCGUCUUCUUGUUAUUUUGUAGGAAACGACGAGAAGGGACAUUAACGGAGGUUUUACGCUCAAGUUUGCACCGCCUCUUCCCGAUGUGGUUCUAUAACAGCUUCAGCCCGCCCGCAAGGUAACAGAACCCAGAAUUAGUCGUUCAUUUCGUCAGAGUCACAGUACGUUGUAUUUUCCGAAGCAAAAGAUGCAUCUAUGAGCUCUGGUUAUUUUUUAAUGUUUAUAUAUCAUGAGGUAACAAGGAAAUUGUAAGUAGACUAAGGAUGUGACACAGGUAAUGGUGCUCACCACUGAAGUUUCUUUUACUAGAUGCUUUUUAAUUUUACUUUUCUUUUUUUUAAAUACAUGUCCUUUAAUAAAAAAAAAAUGCAUUUUAGGUUUAGAUUUCUGUGCCAUGACUUGGGAAGACCGAUUAAACCUGAAAUUGCGUUGACUUAAUUUUAAGACUGUCCCUUUUUCUCUAAUUCUUGCUUCAGGUGACCUCGUAUUAGCUCAUCUAAACUGUAAUUUUAAAUUGUUUUACAUUUGAUUGACUUAUGUAAUAAAUGUGUUUGAGUA